AUGGAAAAGGCAAACUAUUCAGUGGUAACAGAAUUUAUUUUGCUUGGACUUUCCAAAUCUCGGAAUAUUCAGAUUUUAUUCUUUCUGGGAUUUCUGGUAGUUUAUAUUGGGAUUGUACUAGGAAAUCUUCUUAUCUUGGUCACAGUCGCCUUUGACUCUCAUCUUCAAACACCAAUGUAUUUUCUGCUUAUUAAUCUCUCGUGUAUUGAUAUGAUCUUGGCUUCCUUUGCUACCCCUAAAAUGAUUGUGGAUUUCCUAAGAGUAAAGAAGACCAUUUCCUGGUGGGGAUGUUAUUCUCAGAUGUUCUUCAUGCAUCUCCUAGGUGGGAGUGAGAUGAUGUUGCUUGUAGCCAUGGCAAUAGACAGGUAUGUUGCCAUAUGCAAACCCCUCCAUUAUCUGACCAUUAUGAACCCACGGGUGCUUCUUGGGCUAAUACUAUCCUCCUAUACAGUUGGAUUUUUGCACUCAUCUAGUCAAAUGGCUUUCAUGAUAAAUUUACCUUUCUGUGGUCCCAAUAUCAUAGACAGCUUUUUUUGUGAUCUUCCAUUGGUGAUCAAACUUGCCUGCAAGGACACUUAUGUGAUACAACUCCUGGUCAUUGCUGACAGUGGUCUUCUGUCCCUGAUCUGCUUCAUCCUUUUGCUUAUCUCCUACACAAUCAUCAUAUACUCAGUUAGACAUCGAGCUGCUGGUAGUUCGUCUAAGGCCUUCUCUACUCUCUCUGCACAUAUCACAGUUGUGACUCUGUUCUUUGCCCCAUGUGUCUUUAUCUAUGUAUGGCCCUUCAGCAGAUACAAUGUAGAUAAAAUUCUCUCUGUGUUUUAUACAAUAUUUACACCUCUAUUAAAUCCUAUGAUUUAUACAUUGAGAAAUCAAGAGGUGAAAGCUGCCAUUAAGAAAAUAAGAACUAGACAUAUAAACUCAAUGCACGCUUUGUAG